AUGGACUCUGCAGACACGCUCAAGCAACGCCCUUCAACCGCCUCACUCUCUCGCCUCACAGACUCGACAAACACUCACCACGCCCCUUCCACCUCGUCAUACACGUCUUCGUCGCCCUCGAAACCAACCCUCGCGCCCCACACACCGACCGUCUCUACCGCGCUAUCGCAGUCUACGAGCACCGCGAGCGACUUGGCGGGCCAAUUGGCGGAUUUGUCUCUCGAUGAGGCGGUAGUCACCGCGAUUGGAGGUGAGGAGGGGGAACAGCGGCGUGAACAGGCGGAUCGUGCGGAUGGAGGUGGAGCGGACAAAGGUUCCUUGGGCGGCGAGGGAGAUGUACUGGACGGGACGACGAUGAACGGGACGAACCGGGGCUUUCUGAAGACCGCGCCGUCGAGCCGACUGUCCAACCCGCCAUCUCUUCUCUCCGUCUCGUCAAGCAUCACCGAGCUUCUCAUGGAGAUUCAAGAAGUCAACACCCUCAUCUUCGAGAUCCAGGAACUGCGACAUGCGACGUCAAUGCGCGCGAGUACAAGCAAGACGGAAAACGCAGCAGGUGGAGCGGAGAGCGUUAGCGAGGUGGAUGCGGCGCUGAUGCGUCUCGAGGCGAAGCUUGAGGCUGUUCGAAGCCAAUACGUGGCGCUCGCCUCGCAAGUCGAGCCACUACUCGACCCCAGUCACUCGCUCACCGCAACCGAUGAGCGCGGCGACCUCGAUCUGCUGAAGCACAAAUGGGCGGAUGCUGUGGCGGACUGGGAGGCGGCGCAGAAGGAUGCGGACGUCCUCGGCGAAGAGCUGAAAGAAGACAAGUGGCUCGUGGUCUUUCGAACCGUCUCUGCCCAAGCGGAAGACAUGAUGCGGUCUCUCGAAAAGGUUGUCGCGCAAGGCCGGUCCUUCCUCGACUCUAGUCCUUCGCCUCCCUCUUCAUCCUCCUCCUCAGCACGCCGCGGUCUCUCCCGCUCACCAUCCGAACCAGCCUUCCCCUCCCCCUCACACAACUCUCUACCCACCUUCGCCCACCUCUCCCCCUCACUCGCCUCAUCCCUCCUCUCAACACUCACGCCCCUCCUCACCACCCUGCACACAAAGUCCUCUUACUACGCUCCCGCAACGGACCGUGUCCUCAGGAUCUUGGAGAAGGGCGUGAGGGAGAGACGGACGACGAAUGGGGAGGUUGUGCGCAGGUUGAGCGGGAUGGAGGGAAGGUGGAAAGGAUUGAAGGGGGAUGUGGAGCGUGUGGCCGGGGAGCUGGAGCGUGCGAAAGAGGGGUUGGGAGCGGUUGUUGAGAGGGCGAAAGGAGGGCGAGGGGAGGAACAGACGCCUACGAGGAGGCCAGCGGGCGGACUGGCGAGUUCGGCCUCGAGUCCGUCUAUCGCGACGCUCGGAACUGUCACCUCGCCCGACCACUACCCCGACUCGCUCUCCCUCUCUCGCUCAACAAACCGUCCGACACCCCCUCGACCGCCCAAAUCCCUCAAACGCCUCGUCAGCGACUCGUCCUCCACGCCUCCUCGCACUCCCUCUGCCUCUUUCAGCCUCAGUCACAGGAGAAGCAUGUCGACCAUGUCCGCCUCUCUCGCGCCAUACACAGCGGACUCGAGGAGACAGUCUCUCCGCCCCGUCUCGCCUUCGCCUUUCGAUUCACGACCCAGAUGGAACGUCGCCACCCGUUCGCGCGACUCGGAAGUAAUGGAGACGCUCGCCUCCCCCGCUCCGACUCCUCAACGACCAGCCCCUCGAUCCGGCCGCAUCUCAGCAGCAGGAGUGGUCCGACCCGCUUCGCGCGCUUCGAUGUCCACCCGUGCACCGUCGCCGGCGUUCUCGGAUGCGUCGGUCAGUGCGAGGCCUGAGACGCCGAGUCGGAUCCCGAGGCCGAGGUCGAGUAUCGCUGGGGCGAUGUCGCCUGGUUCGAGGAGGCAGAGCGGCGCGUUCGGCUUCGGCGGAGCGGACGCAGGAGAUGCAGGAUUGAGAAGGGCGCUGUCGCCUACGCCUGGUUCGGCGAGUCGACCACCGCUCUCGUCGAAACGGUACUCGCUCAGUCGAUCCGUCGGGAUGCCUUCGCGUGUUUCCCGACCUACCAGUCCCGCUCUCUCGACGACGUCUUCAUCAUUCUCUUUCGGGCGAAGCCAGACGCCCGAACCGAGUCUGAUGGCUCAAGCACAACGGAUCGCCUCUAUCCGCGCUCCCCCUCCCGUCCCGAAACUCCCCGCCUCCUACCGCCCCCGCUCUUCCCUCGCUCCUUCGCGCUCAACAACCCCUGCACCCUCCGACGGUUCCUACAUCCCGAACCCCCUCGACCCACUCGACCUCCUCGUCGCACAAACUAUCUCUUCCCUCCCUCUCGCACUCUCGAUCACACGCAUCGACCCGCCUCUCUCCCGCACUCAAGCAGCGACAGUCGAGCUCUUCCAGGCGCGGUACUCGUUCGCGCUGCCGGGCGGAGGAGGGUCAGGAGCGGUGAUGCUGAAGAUGGUUGAUCGGGUUGGGCCGAGGGCGAAGAAGGGAGAGAAGAAGGUUUUGGUGAGGGUCGGAGGAGGGUGGCAGGAUUUGGAGGCGUUCGCGUUGGCUUUGCUGGCGGGCGUGUGA